UCCGUUUGGUUGUCACCCUUGGUCAGCCGUCAUUUUUAUCGCAUAUAUUCUACAUUUUACAAGUCGUAUUGCAUAUUUAUGCAUUUUCUUCAAUUCCAAAUCAUACUUAUGAUAUUUAGCGUUAAGAUUUAAUAAGAACGAAAACAAAUCUCAACCAAGAUGCCUCACUUUGACUUUAUACACAUGGAUGAAAUGCUGAAUGCAAUGGAGCCCAAGGAGCGCACUUUGAUGCUGGUCCUUCGCCUUGUCACCCUCGCAGCCAUCAUUGCUCUCAUCGUCAUGCAUGCCAGGUCCAUGCGGGUGUUUCGAUGGGAGCAGUCGGUGUCGGGAGGCAUCUUGGUAACGUACACAAUCUGCAUGUUGGGGUUGUGCUUGUGUGCGGGCACGAGCGACUGCGGAGGCGAAGCUUUCCAGGCGUUUAUUUGUGGCACAGGCGCGGCAUUGUUCGCUAUCAACGCAGGCAUGCUGUGGCGUCGCUGGCGCAAGGCUGGCGAGCUGACGAGGAUCGUGGCCGAGCUGCUGGUGACCCUGGGCCUGCAGCUCAAGUGGCAGCUGCGGUGCAAGAUCGGCAUCAGCGCCGUCAUCGCAGCCUUGUUGCUGUUGGACAUGGCCAUGAACCCGCUUAUACCUCAGAAUAAGCUAAUUGAAGAACUACGUACCUCAGGGAACUUCUAUUAAGGGAAAUUUGCCCGUAUUUUGUUUUGUUUUGUAUGAUUUAUUCCGUAAUAUCAUUGUUCAAUUUAUUAAAAAGGAAUGCCUUCCAGCACACAGGAAGGCAUUCCUUUUUAAUAAAUUUCAUGAUUUUAAGUCAACGGGAAGUAGGUUUUGAUGUUGAUUGAUGACGCGAAACAAAAAAAAUCAUGGUAUCCAUAGGGAAUCAAAAUCGAAUCAUGGACCAAAAGGUGGAUUUGAAAUAAAAUGUAUA